AUGGUGAAUGUAGGCACAGCCGCCGACCCGAUCGUCACUCGCUUGGUCGAGGAGGACAAGGUGCCAUGGUACAAGAAGCCGAACCUCCGUCUUAUGUACCUAUGGCUCUUCCUUUGCUGUAUGGGUGUUGAGGCGACGUCGGGUUUCGACUCGCAGCUUAUCAACACUCUGCAGUUCUCUCAAACCUUCCAUAAGUUCUUCGGUGGCGGGCGCAAGGUUGGCGAUGAUUUCGCGAUCGAACCCGGCCUGCUUGGAUUUGUCAACUCGUGUUACCAGCUUGGUUCCAUCUUCGCCGUGCCAAUUGCGCCAUGGUUCGCCCAUCGUUACGGACGACGGUGGUCCAUCAUGCUCGGCUCCGGGAUCAUGGUCUUUGGGGCGCUUCUACAGGGCUUUGCUCAACACGUUGCCAUGUAUAUCAUUGCACGCAUGAUCCUCGGCGUGGGCAUUCUCUUCUGCAUCAUCUCGGGCUCUGCCUUGAUCGGCGAGCUUGGCCACCCCAAGGAGCGCCCUGUUUUGACUUCAUUGUUCAAUAGUUCCUACUUUAUUGGCCAGAUCCUUGCUUCAGCUAUUGCCAUGGGCACCUCGGAUAUUCCAACCAACUGGGCGUGGCGUCUUCCUUCUCUCCUUCAGAUCUGCCCGUCUCUUCUCCAGAUCUGUACCGUCUUCCUGUUGCCCGAAUCGCCACGUUAUCUCAUCGCUCACGAUAGGGAUGACGAGGCUGCAGCCAUUCUCAUCAAGUACCAUGCCGAGAACCAGGGCGACUCGCUCCUCGUCCAGGCAGAAAUUGCACAGAUCAGGGAGACGAUCAAGACUGAGAUGGAGGUCUCGACGCAAUCCUGGAUAGACAUCCUCAGGACUACUGGCAUGCGCCGCCGAUUCUUGAUCACCAUCUUCAUCGGCCUCUUCACCCAACUUUCUGGCAACACCCUGAUCAGCUACUAUUCUGGUGUCCUCUUUAACAUGAUGGGCUACACGAGUAACUACGCCAAGACACGCAUUAACGUGGCCAAUGCUUGCUGGGGUUUGAUCAACGGAACCCUCAUUGCGCUUUAUGUCACACGCUUUAAGCGCCGGAACAUGUACAUGCUUUCGGCUACUACCAUGAUGCUCGUUUUCAUUGCCAUGACCAUCUCGCUUGAGCGGAUGGAGGUUGCUCAGGCUGCUAAAUCCAAAAACAUGGCUGCUGGCAUUUCUGCCUUGUUUUGGUACUUUGCAUUCUCUCCCUGCUACAACAUGGGAAACAAUGCUCUCACAUAUACGUACCUGAUCGAGCUCUGGCCCUACUCUCAUCGGAGCCGCGGCAUUGGUGUUCAGCAGAUCUUUGGCAAGCUUGCCGGCUUCUUCUCCACCAACGUCAACUCGAUUGCCCUCUCGGCCAUCGCCUGGAAAUACCUCGCCAUCUAUUGCGGCUGGAUCUUCUUCGAGCUCUGCAUUAUCUACCUGCUAUACCCUGAGACGAGCGGCCGUACCUUGGAGGAGCUGACUUUCCUGUUCGAGGACAAUACCCUCAAUGAGAAAACCGUUGCUGCUGUUGAAAAGCAGAUUCACUUCGGGAACAACCCCGAUGCGGCAAAGGGUGAUCAUCCAGAACAACCGCCGGAGAUUAAGAACGUUGCUUAA